UUAAUAUUUGCAGCACAAAAAAAGAAAAGAAAAGAAAGAAACAGAAGAUGAGGAGGGUGAAGGUGCAGUUGCCAAGAAGAGGGGAACUGCUGCUCUGCACAGGAAAGAAGGAAGCAACAAGGCUCAAGAGGUCAGCAGCGCAGAACUACACUUCCCAGGAGGCAGGAGGGGCUGGCGCAGGCGCAGUGAGCACCUCCAGCAUGGCUACGGUCCUGUCGCGGGCGCUGAAGCUGCCAGGCAAAAAGAGCCCAGAUCUUGGGGAAUAUGAUCCUCUCACCCAGGCUGACAGUGAUGAAAGUGAAGAUGAUUUGGUCCUCAACUUGCAGAAGAAUGGUGGAGUCAAAAAUGGAAAGAGUUCCCUGGGGGAAAUGCAAGAUGUGGACUCAGAUGUGGAAGUUGGGAUGACAAAGCAGCACCUGUCGGAGGGGGUGGUAGAGGAAUAUUCUAAUGAGGCUACCAAUAUCCUGGAGCAGAAGACAACUAACUCCUUAAUGCCUUACUUCCGCACAGCCAUCUUUUUGCUCACGGUGGUGGUUUCCAUGAUCCUUGUGCUGGUGUGUGCUUUCCUCAUUCCCUGUCCUGCCAGAGACUUGCAUAACACUUGGAUUCGCAACUUGGGUCAGGAGGCAGGUGGAGUGCUGUUUUCACCAGAACUUUUUGAUGUAAAUGGUGAUGGCCUUCCUGACAUCCUGCUGUCCUUUACAGCUCUGAAAAAUGCCAGUGUGCAGGGUGUCUCUCAGCCAUGGGUAACAGUGAUGGCCCUUUCGGGUAUGAAUGGCACCAUCCUGUGGUCCAGUCAUGUUAAAGAGGAGAUUCGAAGUGUGCAAUGUAAAGGUUUGAAUCUUAUGUCCUCAACAGAGCCUGUCUGCCUCAUUACUGGGACCUCUAAAUUUCUCAGCCUUUUGAGUGCCUCCUCAGGAAAACCAGUUUGGACCCUUGAUUCAUUCCAUCUGCCCAGUGGAACCUUGGCAGCUCCAGCUGUUACUGUACCUGACAUUGAUGGAGACAGGGUCAGUGAUUUGGUGGUCCUGGCUAUUGGAGAAACACAGCCAGACUUAUGCUUCAUCUUGGUGUCUGGUAAAACUGGAAACCCUGUGGGAGGGCCAGUGAAGUACAGUAUAAAUGGAAAUGGAAAAUUGAUUGGCCCUCAGGCUCACAUCACCAGCCAUGGAGCAGUCUACAUCCUCUUUGGCUUUGGUAAUGUCCAAGCAGUUGCCCUGCGUGAUAUCUUUGCUCAGGCUAGAAACCGUGACAGCUUCCCACCAGUGCUGCAGCGAGAAGAGCCUGAAUGGGAAAAGCGCCGCUCAGUCAAUUUGUCAGAGCUUAUUGACAUUUAUAGUGGUGGUGUUGAGUUCCUACAGGCAGUAAAAUCUCCAGAGGGCAACUGCAGUGACCUCCUCAUCACUACUGAUCAUGGUUUGACAUUACUGAGAGGACAGGACUUGGAGCCUCGCUGGACUCUGAAACAGCCGGACAUUGACAGCCAACCUUCCCCAGGGUACUUCAGCAAUGAUCAAAUCCUGGACUUUAUGCUUCAGGCACAGAGUGCAGGCAACAUUACCAAAAAGCUGCUAGUGGUGGAUGGUAAAUCAGGUCUCCCUGUCUGGAACUAUGAGCUGCCCUGUCACAUGAAAAAAUCAGAUGCCCUCUCAGUGAUGACUUUGGACAAGAAAUCUGUCUUUCUCUUCUGGGCAAACGAGAAGCAGUCCAUCUUGAAAAGCUUGGAGCCCAGCCCAAGAGUCCACCAUCUUUAUCUUCUACAUCCCACUUUCCCCACACUCCUCUUGGACCUGAGUAAUACAACAGGCACAGUGACAGCUUCUUCCAUUGGAAUCAAUGAUCUUCAAAAAGAUGCAUUUUAUAUCACCGUGACAACAAGCAUCACCUCUGAACACCAGCCGGGCUUUCUGUCAGUCAGCAAACUCCGCCUGAGAUGGGCCUUGAUGAGUCAGAGCCAAGAAGUGCCCCUCAAGGAAACAGAUCCCAAAAUCAGCCGUGGGGAAUUGAGGCGCUUUCUUUCUAGGAUCAAAUUCACUGAUUUUGCUCACAAGUUCUAGCCAUGGAACUCCUCAGGUUUUUGGAGCAAUGGGACAAAAAUGUGGUUCUCGAUAUCAGCAAGACAACCUGCUCAGGCAGGCUUCCUGACGCAUUCAGUCAGUGAAUAGUGUGGACUGAAAAUGCAGCUACCAAUAGCUGAGUAAUGCUGGAGUGGCUGUACCAGUACUCCUCAGGCAUAUUGACUUGGAAGGAAUGCAGCUUGACCCUUUUGUUGCUACUCCCUGCCUGUGUGAUUCCUUCCAGGUAGGCUGAAGAUGUAAAUCAAUGCAGAGAUAAUGACAUGUGUAUAUGUAUAUAUAUUGUAUUUUUAAGUUAUGAAAUUAUUCAGGAAGCUCCUAUUUGUAUCUUAGAACAUUUCUGUGCAUUUUGCAUCUCUUCCUAUUGUACUCUUACCUUUUGGGUUCCUUCAUCUCUUUGACUUUCUUUGUUUUAGGGUCACCAUUGUGUUCCAUUCAGUUCUCCCCCACCCAUUUCCCCCCAAUGUUUGAUCAAGGCCAAAUGGGAUUAUGCAGUAUGUUGUAACACAGAAUGUGUUGCAUAUGCUCUCCAUCUAGAUGGAUUUGAUACUCUUGCAUUCCCUCAAAUCUGCUCCCUCCUGAUUAUGCUGGAACCAGAUGCCCAGUGGUUUGCUAUACUUUUGAACAGUCAACAUAUAACAAAACAUUCAUUGCAAUGCUUUUGUGUAUUGCUAGUGUGUGUCUGAAAAAUGCCUUGCCAUAUUUUGGUGCAACACAACUGGGGGUAGUGCUGACUUUGCAAGAAGACCUCUGUUAUUAUCACAAAGAUGCAUAACUAGCAUCUAAUUCUGCCUCUGGCAAAAGGAAGUAAUAGAUGGAAAUCGGAGUACUGGGGCAUUUAUUCUGGGAAUGAUUUCUAAUUGCAGUUCUCAGCUGGACUAUACAGGGCCAUCUUCUCCAAACUGGUGGCUCCCAGGUAUGUUGAUUAGAACUCCUACCCUUCUGAGCCAGAAUAAGCCAUUUUCUUAGAUACAACAGAGAUUUUGUGGUUUUUGCAUUCUACACCUGUCAAAUGAAUUCAGACACUUUUUUUUUUUACUUUACUGUGUUGACUGAAUUGUGUCCAUUCAUUCUCUAAGGAUAUGGAGCACAUCUCAUUUCCAGAUUUUAGCACAGUUCCAGGCUGUGUUAGAGACAGCACAAUGAUUGACUGAAAGAGGCAGCAAACCAGAAAGAAAAGUGUUGCCCUUCUUCUGUCACAGCACCCUGCAGCUCUCACCUCCUCACCAUUUCCCUCUUGCCACUGUCACUGUUCUUCAACCUAUUGCCUUCUUCUGAGGGAUCUUUGCUCAGAAAGGGGUAUUGUAGGAGGAGUGGCUUCUGUAUCACAGGUAAAAUCCAUGGCCAUCUGUCCAGUGCUGUUCUCUGAGGAAAGGCCUCUCAAAGCAAGGCAUCUGGGAGCUGUGGGCCUAAGUAAACAAAUGCACCAGAUUUUUGCCUGCUGUGGUAUUUGCAGUAGUGGGGAAGUAGCCAGCUCAUCUCUUCAGAGUGAGGUAUUUGCGGGUCCUCUAGAAGGAUGAAUACGCAGCCAUAGCAGCUAUUCCAGAGGGUUGUGCUGGCCAUAUCCUAGCUGCAGCUUUUGCCACAAAUGAACAGUAGUUACUGAGAUUUUGAGUGGGAGUAGGCAAUCUUUUUGGCGGGUGUGGGAUUUGAUACCUUUCCCAAUAUGCAGUUUCAGAUGUGAGGUUCAUCGCAUCUCAUGGGAGAACCAUGUCCCAUUUGUUUUAUGUGAAAUAAGGUCAGUUGUGGUACUGGGGAAAACUCAGCUCCUCACCAUUGCAAAUUUUUCAUUUCUUAAAGUAGUUCUUCCCAACUUGUACUUAAAGCCAUACUGCCAUGUCAUUGAAACUGGAACCCAUCAGCACACCUCAAGGUAGUUAGUUUCAUAGUAUCACUGUGUGCUCUGUUGAAGUCCUCCUUUUGUUUGUGCUUAGUUUCUCACCAUUGGAUGACCCUAGGUACUAUAACAGUGGGAUUAAAACUUCUGUCCAUGUAUAACUUUAUAUGCUCCUAUCAUGUCUCCUAGCUUUUUUUUUUUAUAAAGUCCCAAAAGUAACCCUUUCUUAUAGGCUCUGAUUCUUUCAUCAUUUUGAUUGCUUUCCUCCUUGUACUUUCUGCAGCUUUCUGGUACCCUUUGAAGGUAUGGUUGCAGCACAGAUUUAUAUAAAAACAUUCCAACCUUGGAAGUGUAUUUAUGCUCCCUUUCCUAAGCCUCCCUAAUAUGGAGUUUCAACUUUUCCAUGCCUGCUACAUUCUGGGUCCACUUCCCCAUUGGUAUACAAACCUAAGAUCCCAUUUUGUAUCUUAGACCCCAUCGUAGGUGCAGUUAGGACUUUUUGUCUCCCUGCAUAUCACUUUGCACUUCCUCACAUUAUAAUUUGUACAUACAUUAUGCUUUAUAUUGUCAAGUUUACAUUGAGGUACGUUUGCCAAUUUAAUGCUGACAUGCAUAUUUGCGCGAAAUCCUGUGGGAGUUCAUUGUAAGCUUUUUCAUUGAUGUUGCCUACAAACUUGGUUGUCAUACUGCUCAUCCCUAAUUAUAGAACAUUUAUGAAUAAAUCUAUUUUCAGUGCCAAAUCCUUAGGUUAUUCCACUUUUCAUAAGUCUCCACUAUGAAGACUGUUUAUUAAUUCCUUUCCAUUUACUCCGAUGGGAUCAGGGCCAUGUUAAGGGGAAUGUUAGUCUUUUGAAAUAUUUAUCUCCAUAAAUUUUUUUCCCUUGUAAAUAUCAUUUCAUCAUACACUGAUCCUCUAACCAGUCCUCAAAUCAGGACCACCCCAGUUUUAUUCUUGGACCUUUGGAGAGUUCGUAUAGCUGAGAGAGAAGCUUGGGUAAAUAGCUCUAUAAAAUACUAGCAAAACAAACAGCACUUGUCUUCCCCCAAUGUGUUCUAGACCUGGUCUGCAUUUAUAAAACAAUAAAAUAAAAUAGGUAAAGGAAUACUAAUUUGUUCAGGUUUCCGCAGAAGGGAAACACUCUGGUAUUACACAGCCCUAGAUGUGCGCAGAGUUUCUUCCUUUAACUGAUAUACUUGGCUUACAUUGUUUGGUGACAGUGAGCCCUCCAUAAUGUGAAUCCUUUCCCCACAUCCUGUAUGCACUUUAAAUUAAGAGCUUGUCUGUAUAUUGUUUGAAUUAAGAGCUUGUCUGUAUAUUGUUUGAAUGUGAACCAUAAUGGUGCAAAUAAAUAUCAUGUAUAUAGCAUA